AUGUCGACUACUACCACCACCCUUAUCAACAAAAACGCCGCCAAGUCUGCCGUCUCUGAAACAGAGAAAGAUCCAGUUCUCAGCUACGACAUUAACAUCCCGUACGUCUCUCUGUCCAACGAAACGAGCGAGGCCACGCCAUAUCCCCCCUAUCUACCCGCCUGGGAUCCCAUCUGGUUCGACCCUCUUCCACCGUUCGAGUUCUCCGACCCCGCUCUUCGGGUCAAGGACAAGACGAAGCCCAACCUCGUCACCCCGAAUGUCAAGGUCUCACCCAUCCAGCCAGGGCUAGGAAGCAUUGUCGAAGGUAUCGACCUCUGCAACUUGACCAACACGGGCAAGGACGAGCUCGCGCUGCUCAUUGCGGAGCGCAAGGUCGUCGCGUUCCCGAACCAAAGCGCCUUCCUCGACGCCGGUCCGGCCUUCCAGCAAGAGUUCAUGAAGUACUUCGGCAAGCCCAACUACCAGCCCGUGUCGGGAACCGUGCGCGGCUUCCCGGGGUUCCACAUCAUCCAUCGAAAUGGGAACAAGGAAGAGAUCGCGCGGUUUUUACAGCAUAAGUCGACCACGACGCUAUGGCACCAGGAUGUCAGCUAUGAGAUCCAGCCUCCUGGGUACGUCAUGCUGGGCCUCCUUCAAGGACCAGAGGUAGGCGGAGAUACCGUCUUCGCCGCCACCGACACUGCCUACAAACGUCUCUCGCCGAAGCUUCAAGUCUUCCUCGAUGACCUAGUCGCGACCCACUCCUCGGCGAACAUGAUCAACCACACUCGCCUCGCCAAAGGUCUCGUUCGCAAAGACCCCGUCGCAACUGCCCACCCCCUCGUACGCGUUCAUCCCGUCACUGGAGAGAAAUGCCUCUUCAUCAACGGCGAGUUUAUUACGCGCAUCCACGGGCUGAAAGAGGGCGAGACGAAGACCAUCAUGGAGUUCCUCCUCAGCAUAUCAUCAUGGGCCACGACUUCCAGGUAA